UCUGAAGAUAAAUAAAUUAGGAGCCCGGUGCCGACCUCUAACACCUAACCGGCAACACCAACUAGCACAGUGAGCUCUCGUUGCCGUAGGCAGGUUCUGGCGAUACGACAGGCACACUUUCCUAUUAAUCACAGCGACGUUCGAAAUUAAGACACUAUGUUGUGCUGUGUGCUCAACUUACGCGAUAGCUAGCAGAGCUAGGGCGGCAGUGACUGCGCGAAAAAGAAAAGAAAAAAAAAAGAGAAAUAGCACUGCUGACAGUAUCUCUAUGAUCGUUGCUUGAAUGCUCCAGGCGUGCCAGGUGCCAGAGACGGGCCUCCACGUCGAGAAGACAGCCAUCGGCCUUGACACCACGGCGCAGUCCAAGCUUCUCAUGCAGGAGAGGAUGUUGGCGUUUGACACGCUCAACCACCUCAUUGACAAGGCUACGCUGAUCAUGCAGAAACCCGACGUACGGACUAACCUGACAUGGUUGUUGCUCAACGCUGACAUGACUGACUCAACGGGCCAAUGUCUCCGAGCACCCUUCGAGCGCGUGAAGGGAUUCAGAGACUUCUUCUACCGGCGAGCACGGAUGCCGAAGGGUUAAUCACAUACCCUGCGGCUAUGUGGUAUUUGCGAACGACGGGCAGGUUUCGCACCGUUUUGCAAGCCGUCCUGUAACGUGUCUAUGGGCGGCUUUUUCGUUAGCCCUACGUGACCAGGCAGAAAAAGAAAAAAAUAUAUCCUAUAUUUUUAUUCAGCGUCUGUUCCUCUUCGCGGUACUGCAUGUGAUAAACAGACUGUGGUCAAACUGUUUUUGACCUUUCUCAUUGCUCUUGUAAAGUGUCUUUGCGUGAGUUGUCUCGGGCGGUGGAUCACCUUCGCUAAUGGCCGCGAGAUCGGGCUUAUAGAUGGCAGCACCGUCGUCACAUUAAUUUGGAUGGGCGGUCGGCGGCACGCAUUGAAAUGUAUGCGGCGGAGGUUCGCUGUGGGCCAUUUGGGCCAAUUGCUUAGUAAUGAAACACGCUGACUGCAGCGAACUGUUUCUAUAUUGCCCUCCAAUGCCACAUUUUUGCGAGAAACGCACGGGUCAUUCCUACUAUACCCUAAAUGAGCGCAAAACGAAAUUUUUAUUUGGGUACAUCCAUGUCGCUAUUUAUUUCUUUUUUUUUUUUUUUUUUUUUUGAGCGUUGGGCUUCCGUUCAGCCUAUUGCGACCACGCUGCUCUUGUGUAAAAAUCUGAAGAAAACUUGGCGUAGAACAGGGCAAGACCUAUGGAGUGCUAUAAAGUAAGGUCAUAAGCAAUUUCUAUGAAACAGUAAAAGCAGCGGAAUUUCAUACUUGCUUGUUCAAUACGUAGAGCAGCCACGUGCUUCGAGUUA